AUGGAGGCUUGUCUUCUGCAGUUGCCCCAAAGGUUGCUCUUGCUGGGGGCAGCCGCCCUGACUGCAACUGCUUUGGAGACAGCCGACCUGGCGGACCUGUGCGGGCAGACGUGGCAGGGGGACGGGCUGCUGCUGCGCUCGCAUGCCGCCUCGCUCAGGUUCUACUUCGUGGCUCCGGACACGGACUGCUGGCUCUGGAUGCAGGCGGCGGCCCCCGGCGACCGGAUCCGCUUCCAGUUCCGCUUCUUCCUGGUCUACAGCCUGACCCCCGCGCCCCCGGCGCUCAACACCUCCCCGGCCCCGGCCGGCCCGUGCGCCCCCGGCUCCUACCUGCAGUUCUACGAGGGCCCGCCGGGGGCGCCCCGGCCCCUGGGGUCGGCCCUCUGCGGCCUGACCAUCCCGGUCCCCGUGGCAUCCUCCGGACCCUUCCUAGGCCUGCGCCUGGUCACGAGAGGCCGCCAGCCCCGCGUGGACUUCGUGGGCGAAGGCACCUCUUUCCGUCUGGGACCUUGUGGUGCCUACUUCCGCUGCCAGAAUGGCAGGUGCAUCCCCUCAAGCCUCGUGUGUGACCCCUGGGGCAUGGACAACUGUGGCGACGGCAGUGACCAGGGCUCCUGGCCACCAGCUGACUGCAGAGGUCCCUCUCCGGUGCCCAGCAAGACAGGAAGUACAGACCACCACACCUCCAGCUCUCCGACUCCCUCUCCAGCUCUUGGGUCCGCAGGAUCCCUCCGGAUUGCAGCUGAGAGGAGUCCCCCAGCAGGCAGGGACCCCACGAGACAGGACGCAGCUUUGGAAGGCCCCCAGCUCCGAGGGGUGGUGCUGGCCUCCUCGAUGCUCCUGGCUUCUGCUGGCCUCCUCAUGGGCCUCCUCUGGUGCUGGUGCUCUCCUAGCUGGCUGGCCUGGCAACCUGGCGCCUGUGGCCUCUGCCUCCGCUGCAGCACAUCUGCCAUUUGCUACCCAUGUCCCAGCCAGGUCUCCCCAGGGGGCUGCAGCUGAGUGGCCCAGCCUUCCAGGGUCAGGGAGGCCAUCCCUAGAGGGCUUUGGGCACAUGGGAAUGAGACUAGGCUCUGGGGUCAGACAGACUCUUCGGGUUCUAACCUGGCUCUGUGUCUGAUGUUGGACAGGCCUCCUGACCCUCUGAGACUCAGCUGCCCCUCCAGAAAACAGGACGAUUCCUGCCUCACAGGGUUGGGGGUCUGGGAGCCUCACUGAUCCAAAAACACCUUGCUUCACCCCCAGAUCUCACCUGCCCUGCUCUGCCCCACCCACAGACUCCACUGAGUGAAGCCCUCAUCAAAGACACGGGAGGCCCCUGGCGGGGAUAGCACCGUUUAUUAAGAAAAAUCAAGACAAAGACCACAGGAGGGUCCCUUCUAGGACACAGAGGCCAGGCGUCCCAACCCCACAGUCUGGGAGCCACUGGCAGGAUGGCACUCGAGCUGGAUCUUCAGGCUCCCGCAGAUGGGGCAGGGUGGUCGGUGGUCAUAUCCCCCUCCUCUCUCUCCCAGUUGUGAGUUCUGCUUUCCCCCACCCAAGGCACUAGCUCUUCCUGGGCACCAGCGGCAUCUGAGGAGUCCCUGGGCCUUCACUUCCAGAUGAGUGGGGGUGUGGCCUGGGGUGGGCGAGGCCCGGUGGGCGGGGCCUUCUCAGUGCUGGGCUCUGCCUGUAGCAGCUCCUGGUAAGAGCUGGGGUGGGUUUUCCCUUACAGCCCCUGAGGGAGGAACCCCGGGCUGUGUGCUGGCAGAAGGGGGUGGGAAUGCAGGCCAGGAGGAGGGCGUGGUAGGAAGGGGACGCUGCCAGAGGAGGUGCCAGGGGCUGGGUGGAGGUGGGUGGGGGUGCUGAAAAACGAGCUGGUGGGGAUGGGGACCGCCUGCCCAGCGGUGAGCUGCCUUUUGCUCCACAGCCGGCACUAAAGACAAUUCCCAAUCCUGAGUGGGUGGCAGAGGUUCCUGCGAUGCCCGUCUCAGGUAGCUGUGGGGCACCAGCCUACAUGCCGAGGUUGGCUCUCCUAGGAGUGAGAACUGCCCAAGGGCUGCAGAAACAGGCCACCCAGCUCUAUCUUGGGGGCUCCAUUGGUGGGUAGGGGGAGAGUGGGGGCAGUUCUGGGCCCACCCAGCCACCGUUCCUGACCCCAAGUCCUGGUGGCUUUCUGAGGCGCCUACUCCCAUCAAACCUGCCUUGCCCGCCAGCCUUGUGGCUUUGCCCAGCUGUGUGGGUGGGGGUGGCGUGCCCACCUCCAGUCCAGCCCAGGGCGGUAGCAGCAAAGCGUGGCAUCGCCUCAGUUUCUUACAAAAA